CCUUCAAGUCGCCUGGGGGUCGCGGUCCCUUUAAGCUGCCCGGCGCGGAGGCGGGGCCGAGCCUCGGGGGCCGGAAGUUGGUCGCGUGCGUCACUUCCUCCCGGAAGCAGGUCUGGGCGGAUGUCUACUGCGCGUCCGUGUGCGGGGCUGAGGGCCGCGGUGGCGGCCGGCAUGGGGCUGAGCGACGGGCCAGCGGGCUCUGGCCGCAGCUGCCUCCUUCUACGCCCGCCCGCGCCCGCUCCGGCAGUUCCGGGGGCCCGGCUGUUGCGACUUCCGGGGAGCGGGGCCGUGCAGGCCGCGAGCCCCGAGCGCUCCGGUUGGACCGAGGCGCUGCGGGCCGCCGUGGCCGAGCUGCGCGCCGGCGCCGUGGUGGCGGUCCCAACUGACACGCUGUAUGGUCUGGCCUGCUCGGCGAGCUGCUCGGCGGCCCUGGGCUGCGUGUAUCGCCUCAAGGGCCGCAGCGAGGCCAAGCCGCUGGCCGUGUGCCUGGGCCGCGUGGCCGACGUCUACAGGUACUGCCAGGUGAGCGUACCCAAGGAGCUCCUGGAGGACCUGUUGCCAGGACCAGUGACCCUGGUGAUGCAGCGCUCCGAGGAGCUCAACAAAGACCUGAACCCCUUUACUCCUCUUGUUGGCAUCCGGAUUCCUAACCAUGCCUUCAUGCAGGACUUGGCCCAAAUGUUUGGGGGACCACUUGCACUCACCAGUGCCAAUCUCAGCUCCCAGGCCAGCUCGCUGAGUGUUGAGGAGUUCCAAGACCUCUGGCCUCACUUGUCCUUGGUCAUUGAUGGCGGGCCAAUUGGGGAUAGUCAGAGCCCCGAGUGCCGCCUCGGCUCUACUGUAGUUGACUUAUCUGAGCCUGGAAAGUUUGCCAUUAUUCGCCCGGGCUGUGCCCUAGAAACCACUACAGCCAUCCUCCAACAGAAAUAUGGGCUGCUUCCUUCGCAGGGGUCCUGUUCAUGAAACUUGGGGGGACCCAAGGAACAUGCUGGAUACUAUGUGUCUGCUAACUGGUUGGCAAGGCCUCAUUGGCAGAGGCUCCUGGAGCUCCACCUGUAGCCUGGCUUUUUAGGGAACAUCUCUCUGAACACUGUAGGCCAGAAGCUGCAGGUUGAGCCUUGUAGAAUCAUAAAUCAACCAAAAAUUGAACAAAGGUAAGAACAUUCUUAGAGCGGCCUUAUUAUUUUAAGGCCUCACUUUUUAAGUUGACAGUAAAUUGAGUGCAGAACUAGACUGUGCAGUCUAGAAGUCUCAGGACCAAUGCAGGAAAGUCAAGGAGCCCAAGACAGCUUUCCUGGGUACCAGAGAGAGGUCAUUUUAGGGAAAUUAUCCUAGGGGGUCCCAAGUGAAAUAAUACUGGAAAAGAAAAUCUUGACUGUUCUCGGCCAGUGACUUUCUUAUUUAUUGAUAAAAUAAAUCAUAUAGUUCUGUGUUCUAUUUAGCUUCACUGUUUCCUCAGAAGCCUUUUCUCUUUGUUCAUAGGUGUGCCAAGUAGCCUACAUAAUUAUUUUUGAGUAUUUAAGCUGUAUUUUUCUUUAUUAUUAAAAAAUGCUGCUGCAAACAGUU